UGGGGUGAUCUCUCCAUAUAUACAGAGCCGCCCUCGGCUCCUCGAGGGUCCUGAAGGAGGAUCCCCUGGGUGGGGUCCUGCAGGAAUCCCGGUUGGAGCUGACAGGAGUCAGGCUCACUCUGAAGGUUCUCUCCCGGUUCUCUCUCUCCCCUCCUGAUUUUUGCCAUGGGAUGCAGUUAUGAAUAAAGCUGCUAUGGACAUUCAAGUACUAGUCUCUAUGUGGACAGAUGUUUUCAUUUCUCUUGGAUAAAUAUGUAGAAGUGGAAUUACGUGAUCAUUCGGACGCUGUGCUCUCCCUGCAGGAUGGCGUGCUCGAGGACCUGCUCCCGCAUCCUGGGGCUGAGCCUCGGGACUACAGCCCUGUUUGCUGCUGGGGCCAACACGGUGCUCCUCUUUCCUAACUGGGAUGUGACCUACCUGUUGAGGGGCCUCAUUGGCAAACAUGCCAUGCUGGGCUCUGGGCUCUGGGGAGGAGGCCUCAUGGUGCUCACUGCAGCCACCCUCAUCUCCCUGAUGGGCUGGCGAUACGGCUGCUUCAGCAAGAGUGGGCCCUGCCGAAGCAUGCUCGCUGCUCUAUUAUCAAGUGGCCUGGCUUUGCUGGGAGCCUUGAUUUGCUUUAUUACUUCUGGAGUAGCCCUGAAAGAUGGUCCAUUUUGCAUGUUCGAUGUCUCAUCCUUCAACCAGACGCAAGCUUGGAAAUAUGGUUACCCAUUCAAAGACCUACACAACAGGAAUUAUUUAUAUGACCGUUCCCUCUGGAACUCAGUCUGCCUGGAGCCUUUGAAAGCUGUCAUUUGGCACGUGUCCUUCUUCUCCGCUCUCCUGUGCAUCAGCCUCCUCCAGGUUCUCCUGGUGGUCACUCACUUCUUCAACGCCUUCCUGGGCCUUUUCUGCAGCCUCUGUGAGAAGCCAUAGGCAAUGCCACUUCACGGACACGGCUUUCAUCAGAAACUGCCUUGAAUCCUUUCUGCAACU